AUGGCUACUCCAGCUGCAAGGGUAAAAGCUAUGGAAAUUGCGUGCGUAUUUAGUGUCGACGACUACAAGGCAUAUGCCCAGCUGGGGCCCGUCAUUGAUGGAGAAUUGGCAAUGGGCUUUAAGUAUAGCGGUAGCUACUGUGGUCGCAACAUUGAGAAGAUCUAUCAAAAGGCGGUGCAGCAUGGCCGGGCGCCGAGUCUCUUUGAGGCCGUGACCACCUUGCAGAAGGCGAGCCACGUCUUGAUCAUCACUGGUUUCUUCGUGCUGCAUCAGAAGGGCGCUGAGGGCCCUCACGGAGACCUGGGUGGCUGCGAGACCGACGGCCCCUUGGGCGCGCUGGCGGUGCUGCGUGCCCUGUGUGCCAGAGGUGUGCGUGCUUCCCUCUUUUGCGACGUUCACAAUGGGCCAGUCAUCAAGAAGGCCUACGACGACUCCAUGAUGGAGCACUUCCGGGAAGCGGAUGAAGGCUUUUGGUCUCGCUUGCAGAGCCACAGCCGCUGUUUGCCCUUCGUUUCCGCAGAGAAGCCCCUGCCCGAAGCGGCAAAGGCCGAGGUGGGUGACAAAGAAAUGAGCACCUUGGAGGACGGCGGAGCUGGUGCCUGUCGGCGCGGCUGGGCGAUGCGUUGCGAGAUGCCUGGGGUGACAAUGCCGGGCGAGUGGAUGCGCUUUUGUCGUUGGAGCGGCUUGGAGCCCCAUAUCGCAACAUUCGAGGCCGAGACAUAG